AUGCAAAAGGCCUUCCACUUUUUCGGCUUGGAGCAAAUACGUAACCCUAUUGGCCGGCCUGGGGCGGGAAAUUGCGGGUCCAGCGAAAGCGACGAGGUACGCAAGGCAACAUUAGAAUUGGGGACAACGGACCGCAUUCCUUAG